UUAUGGUCCAACCAAAACUCUCAACUAUAUACUCUAACUCAUUCAUCUUCUCUCACCAACUUUCUCGUCACUCUCUCACCAACUCACAUCCAUGGCAGAGGAAAUCAGGUUCUUUGAGCUCAACACAGGAGCAAAGAUACCAUCGGUCGGUCUCGGAACAUGGCAGUCUGAUCCUGGUCUUGUCGGAAACGCUGUCGAAGCCGCCGUUAAGAUCGGUUAUCGCCACAUCGACUGUGCUCAAAUCUAUGGUAACGAAAAAGAGAUUGGGUUAGUCUUGAAGAAACUGUUUGAUGAUGGAGUUGUUAAGCGUGAGGAGAUCUUCAUCACAUCCAAACUUUGGUGUACUGAUCAUGAUCCUCAAGAUGUCCCAGUGGCUCUCAACAGAACUCUACAGGAUCUACAGCUUGACUAUGUCGAUUUGUAUCUCAUCCACUGGCCUGUUAGUCUCAAGAAAGGUUCUACUGACUUAAAGCCAGAGAACAUUUUACCAACUGAUAUUCCUAACACAUGGAAAGCCAUGGAAGCACUCUUUGAUGCGGGAAAGGCCAGAGCUAUUGGUGUAAGCAACUUCUCGACAAAGAAGCUAGCUGAUCUCUUGGAGGUGGCUCGUGUCCCUCCCGCUGUUAACCAGGUGGAGUGUCACCCUUCUUGGCAACAGACUGUGCUCAGGGACUUCUGCAAAUCUAAAGGCGUUCACCUCUCGGGAUACUCUCCGUUGGGUUCUCCAGGGACAACGUGGCUCACGAGCGAUGUUCUGAAGAACCUGAUUCUAGUCACGGUUGCUGAGAAGCUAGGCAAGACUCCUGCACAAGUUGCACUGCGCUGGGGUCUCCAAAUGGGUCAAAGUGUACUUCCAAAGAGCACAAAUGAAGACAGGAUCAGACAGAACUUCGAUGUUUUCAGCUGGUCCAUACCAGACGACACGUUAUCCAAGUUUUCCGAGAUUGAACAGGGAAGGUUGGUGAGAGGCAUGUCAUUUGUUCAUGAGACGAGUCCUUAUAAGAGUCUUGAACAACUUUGGGACGGUGAGAUAUGAGACUCAUGAGGAGUGGAUCAUGUGCCAUAUCAUUCACGGAGUUGUCAGUUUAUAAUAAGUACCACAACUUGUUUCGUACGGAGUGGUAUACAACAUUUUACUAAUAAGCUCGCUUUAAGUGGUCCUACAUUUUUCAAAAUCUUCGUAAAAAAGACACUGCUGCUCCAGUUAGAUUGGAUUUGGAAUCGAUUAUAACGAACUUAAGACGCA